UUCGAGAGUACAACUUCAGUAAUUUUGCAGAUUUAUCUCAAGUAAAUCAGGUAUUUUUGUAGUUCUUGCAAAGAAACAUUGGACACCAAAAUGUCCUGGACUCAUGCUAACUAUAUCAAGUACCCAGAGAAGGGCUACAAAUCUGGUCACCAAAAAUUGCCCAAAGAAAAAGUUGAAGAAGUCGUGGAACGACUCAACGUUAAUAAAGUUUACUCGGAUUGCAGUGGAACCAUGGGAAGAGAAAAUCAGAAGAAGUUUACAGAAGGACAGGUGAACCAGUUAUUGGAAAGAAUUGCAGAUAAAGACGUGAACAUGCAGAAAACUCCAGAAAGACGAAGAACGGGUGCUGAUAACUAUUUCAAUGCUUGGAAAGCCAACGACAUCAUCAGUAAUAUGUGGAAAUAAAGGCUAGUAAACAUUC